AUGUCUGGACGCGGUAAAACUGGAGGCAAAGGGCGCGCCAAGGCCCAGACUGGCUCCUCCAGAGCCGGGCUCCACUUCCCUGUUGGCCAUAUCCACCGCCUGCUGCGCAAGGGCCACUAUGCCGAGCGGGUCAGGGCCAGAGCCCCCGUCUACCUGGCCGCUGUCCUCGAGUACCUGACAGUCAAGAUCCUCGAGCUGACCGUUAACGCGGCCCGGGACAAGAAGACCCGCAUCAUCCCACGCCACCUGCAGCUUGCCAUCCGCAACGACGAGGAGCUCAAUAAGUUGCUGGGAGGGGUCAAAAUUGCCCAGGGUGCGGUUCUGCCCAACAUCCAGGCUGCGCUGCUGCCCAAGAAACCGGACACCCCAGCAAGGUUUAAACCUGAAGGGGCGAGACCAGAAAACCAUAAUUGCAAGUUGUUCUCAGGUCUGUAG